AUGGAAUUGCCAGGCGAUCCGUGGGGUUCUAACGAGAGCUCGAACCGUCCUGCUCUUUCAGGUUCACACUUCAAAGCACUGAAAAUCCAAGAAACGCUGAUUAACUUAAAUAACACGGGUGAAGCAUGGGAAAGACUCGCACUUCUAAUUGGUGAGGAUAACCCAAAUACAGCUCUCUUUGAAGACAUACUGAGGCAAACUAAUGAUUUAAAUGACAAAACAACUACGGGCGUGACUUUGCUUAUCUACUGCAUAGUUUUUGACCACCCUGAUCUGAUAGAAAUCCUUCACGGGUCGGGACAACUGGAUCCCAAUGCUCCAGAUAGCCUUUUUUCAAAUUCACCGCUUACAUGGUGCUUUGACCUUGGCAGACAGCAGUGCUUGGUCGAGCUUUUGAAUUUCGCUGACGAGUUGGACUUCGAUUAUAAGAACCCCGGAGGAUCUAGGGCGCUGGACACUUUGGUGCCCGAUUCUGAAAUGUACGAGUUCGCUAAAGACCACGGUCUUUUCCGGUUGGCAAAUGCUUCGAGGAAAGACUUUGAUUCACGCGACCAAGAUCUGUACAAGGGCCCUAGUACCGUUUUUGGAGGAACGGACGUAGAUCACACUUUAGAACAAAUAAAUUUACAGACUGCGGGGCUAACCUUUAAUGAUGAAAACGGAACAUUUGAUACCGAAACCAAGACGCCCGACCAUGAGUUUGCGGGCCAGUCGCACAGGGGGUCGGAGCUUUGCCAAUUCGAUUUCCAGCAUAUAUUGCCCGAGCAAUUCAUUGAGUUUGCAGACUAUGAUAUUCCACGUCUUUUAGACCUUGUCCUGUCUCUACCUUCCAAAAGGCCCCAUAAGACAUGCAUUCCCGCCGCUGUCAUCUUUCAAUGCUUGCGACAUGCUGAUUGUAACAAGCACAGCGCCUCUCUGGUGGAGAGCAUGGCCCAUUUAGCUCUGACCAAGGUUUUAACCUCGGUAGCAUCUUCGUCCGGUGGCGUUCUGAAUGGUUCAAACGGUGAUAUUGUUCUACAGUCAUAUUGGCUUUCGGCUUUGAACUUUCUAUUUUACUACCUUUACCGCCAAGAAGGCUUUUUCAAGAGGUACCCAUCCGUCCUACAAGAGUUGAUCAAUGGCAUGCGCUCUCUUGUCAUUGAACUAAACUCAUCAAUUUUUUCGAGAAUCGAACCGUUGAUAGAUUCCACGAUAUUGGAACACACUACAAUCGCAGAGGUAAAGGAGACACUUUACAAAAAGGACUGGAACUUAUUCAAAAAAAGAAAGCAUCACCUGCGAAGGAGCGAUGCUCGUGAUUCUUAUGACCAGAUAAUGAGAAUGCUAUAUCCUCCAGAUCUUGACGAACAAAUGAAACCCUCUCCUCUGAAGGUAGUACAAAUAUUCGGCGCUCUUUCUUACGUGCUGGAUCUUCACCAAGUGCAUCCAUUGAUUGCGCAACAAUGCUUAUCACUGGCUCUUAAAUGGUUUUCAGUCGAGCUAUUUAAGAAAAUUAUGGAAAAUAAGAAGAAAUCCUUAUCUCGUGCUCAUGCAAUUCAGAUAAGGUUGAAUCUUUCAGUUAUACAAGAUUGGAUCAAAAAUCAUAACUUCAAAGCUUCUUUCCCGAUUAUGAUGGACGAGUUUAUGUGGCAAAGGUUUCCAUACACACUAAUUUUGGACCUCGGGGACAUCGAUAAAUCACAAAGGCCUGUCGAGCUAAGAAACGUAAGUCUUUACAGGCCUAUAAAAGAUAAUAAUACUGAGGAUCCAUUCAAUUCAGCAUUUUACUAUCAGUCUUUUUACCAAAUCUCAAAAAUCCACAUGGAGCCAUGUAUGCAAUUAUUACAGUGGCUCCAGGUGGCCACGUCUCUUCAAGAUGAAGAGAGCCUUCAGUCCACUUUAUCAAUUCUAAACAAACUUACCCCUAAGCAGCUCCACAAGUCCAUGAGAAAAUAUAGAUAUGAGCUGGAAGAGCAUCAACUAGAUUCUAGUCUAAGAAAGAAGCUCUCUUUGAUGUCUAAGGAAACUGAUGAAGCGGAUAGUAAAACUUUCGAAAAGCCCUUGUAUCCUCUAGUCUUACCGACAAUUACAGAAUUAACUGAAAUGUACACUCAGCGCGAAGACAGCGACGAAUUUUUGCCCCUUAUCCCGCUCGAUAUACAUGACGAGGUCGACGAAAUUCACGAACAAAACACGAUUCAGCGAGCAAUGGAACAAAAACUAGUCAAUGCUUCUGAAAGGAAGGAAGAAGAAUUGGAGGUGGAAAGUACCAGCUUACCUUUCGAAAAUGAAAAUGGCGAUGAACUUUUUAAAGAGAUUCACGCUCCGUCAUCGGCCGCACAACGUCCGCUUUGGGCGAUUAACAACGAUAUCGAAGAAAACCCAUGGUAA